UCUUUGUCAGUUGAUUGUGAGAUUUCAUCUGGAACAGAUCGCAUUCAGUGGCUUAUCAGUAGAAAAUAGAAGUCUGCCUCAUAAUGUUCAUCAAUUCCUUGGUUUGCUUGGCGAUCUUCGGCCUCUUUUGCGGCCAGAUUGCAGGCACCGCAGCCGAUCAGUACGGGACAUAUGGAGGAUCGGCCAUUUCCACCACGGAACGGAUCAACUCGGAAUUGCGCUGCAUGAACAUCAAUCCGCAGAAUUCGGUGGACUUGGAACAGAUAAUGGGUCUGUGGUACGGCAGCGAGAUUAUUGUGCACAGCCAAGACUUUCCGGGAACCUACGAGUACGACUCAUGUGUGAUUAUCCAUCUUGCCGAUGUCACAGAACAGAUUCGACACAGCCAGGCCAGUCGCGGCUAUGGCUAUGGAUCCCAGGAUUACGACCGGAAUCAGAACAACUAUGGACGAACAACCACCACUCAAUCCUCAUACGUGGAUAGCGAUGAGUACCACAUGAGAUCUGCUCAUCGCGGCCAGCAGAAGUAUCUGCGGUUGGUGUGGAGCGAGAGGGACAACAAUUUGGAGUAUACCUUCAACUACACAACCACUGAACCUGGUCGAUGGUCCAACAUUGGCGACCAGCGGGGAUCCUUGGUCGCUCUAAACACUUACACCCAGUUCACUGGCACCGUCCAGGUGGUAAAAGCUGUCAACGAUCACCUGGUGCUCACAUUCUGCGGCAAUGAUGUGAAGAGCUCUAUAUACACCGUGGUGCUCACCCGCAAUCGCAUGGGCCUUGGUUCUGAUGAGCUGCGUAGCAUCCGGAACCUGCUUUCCCGCCGUGGGCUCUACACGGAGACCAUUCGCAAGGUUUGCAAUGGAUGUGGCCAACUGGGCGGCAGCCUCUUUGCUCUAUUCGCCGUUUUACUGGUCGUCCGCUUGACCGGGGGGCGUGGCCAGUGAUCAGUCAUCAGCCGGCGUAUUUAAUGAGUCCAGCCAUAUUACGUUAAUUUAUGUAUAAAUUACUUAAGCAUUACAGAAGCGAGAUCGCCAAGUGCACUCCCCGAAAACUAA